AUGAUAGUGUCUGAUAUAAUCCUUUUCAUCUCUUGUUUCCACUCAGUAACGAAGAAAGGAUCACUUCAAAUUGUUGCACCGCGCAGACUUCAGACAUUGUUGACUGAGCGACGUCUUGCGGAGUCACAUCUACCGAGGAUCCAUACACGUUCGCGUCAAUAUGCUACGCAUGGUAUGCUGCAAGGAAAACAUUGCGUAGGACUCCCUUUGAGUAUUCAUGCAGACCGCAACCUCCGUCCAACGGAAUUGAAAUGGAACAGAAGGAAGCAAGGAAGAAGAAGGAGCAGAAGUUAA